AAACUCACUUUGACAACAAUGAAGUGGAGAUUUCUGUGGUUGUGUUUCCUUGCUUUGUCUGUUGCCGGUGUCAUCAAUGUCCAUGCCAGACAGCCUCGCAACCAUGUUGGCAACGUCUGCAGCACGUGGGGCAGAGAGCAUUUCAAGACAUUUGAUGGUGAUGUGUAUCAGUUCCCUGGUAUGUGUAAAUACAACCUGGCCUCCGACUGCCACGAGUCCUAUCAGGAGUUCUCAGUGCACAUGAAGAGGACAGAGGAUGGUGGAGACCCUACAGUCAGUUAUGUGGAGGUCACCAUCGGGGACUUUUCAUUCCACCUCACCAAGAGCCUGGUCACUGUGAAUGACCUUCCUGUCAAAAUGCCAUACAACCAGGCAGGGGUACAAGUAGAAAGAAAUGCUGUUUACUUCAAGCUCCAAUCCAAAAUCGGCAUUGUUGUCAUAUGGAAUGGUGACGAUGCAAUCAUGGUGGAACUCAAUCGUGACUAUGCUAAUCGUACUUGUGGACUUUGUGGAGACUUCAAUGGUGUUUCUGUCUACAAUGAGUUCAUUCUUAAUGGACGCAAAAUCAGCCCCACUGAGUUUGGCAACAAUCAGAAAGUCCAUCGUCCAAAUGAUGAUUGUGAGGACCCUAAUGAAGUGGAAGAUGAAUCACUGGAGGCUGUGACUGUGCCAGAUUCAUGCAAGGAGUUUGAAACCACCUGUCACAGGAUGUUGAACUCAGAGUCCUGGAGCUCCUGCACCAAACUGAUUAACCCUGAACCUUACAUCCAGGCCUGUGCACAGGACAUGUGUGACUGCACCAACAGUACAAGUGACUUCUGUGGCUGCAGCACACUGUCCGAGUUCUCUCGACAAUGUUCCCAUGCGGGAGGGCAGCCUCCCAACUGGAGGACACCUGAGUUCUGUGCUAAACAGUGUCCAUUCAACAUGGUUUAUGAAGAGAGUUAUUCCCCUUGCAUUGACACAUGCACACUCCCAGACACAAGUUCACUGUGUGAGGACCACAAAAUGGACGGCUGCUUCUGCCCUCCUGGAACUGUGUUUGAUGAUAUUUCCAAGAGAGGAUGUAUUGCUCAAUCUGAAUGUCAGUGCAAGCGAAACGAUAAAAUCUACAACACCAGCGAGGUUUACCGACAAGCUGAAAAAAACUGUACAUGUUUUGAGGGUAGAUGGGCGUGUGAGAGCCUUCAAACACAUGCUACCUGUGCAGUCGAAGAGGGUUCCCAUGUAACUACCUUUGAUGGGAAAACCUACACCUUCCACGGAGACUGUUACUACACCCUAGCCAAAGUGCAAAGCAAGAAUGUUGCAAGUCCAAACUUUACCAUCCGGGCCCAGUUGGUACCAUGUAAAAGCCAAGAGUUUGACACUUGUCUGAAGAACCUUAAAAUCGUGCUGAACAAUGACAGAAACAAUGUAUUAAUGUUCACUUCUGAGGGCACAGUGAAGCAGAAUAUGCAGACCAUCACUUUGCCAUACCACUCAGGUGACGUCAACAUAUUUCAAGCUUCAUCCUUUCACAUGUUGUUCCAGACCAGUUUUGGGUUGCAAAUUCAGAUCCAGCAUGUGCCUAUCAUGCAAGUCUAUGUCAGACUGGAACAGAGCUACAGAGCAAAGACACGUGGUUUAUGUGGGAACUACAACAUGGUUUUGUCUGAUGACAUGAAGACUCCUCAGGGGAUUGUGGAAGGAACAGCAUCAACAUUUACUAACUCCUGGAAAGCAAACCACGUGUGCAGAGACACAGAGGAAAGACUCGAUGACCCCUGUUCCCUCAGUGUGGAAAAUGAGAAUUAUGCCAAACACUGGUGUGCCUUGCUACUAAGUCCAAACAGCACCUUUGCACAGUGCCAUUCAGAGGUGGAUCCUGAGAUGUACUACAAGCGAUGUAUUUAUGCCAGCUGUAACUGUGAGAAGAGUGAAGCCUGCCUGUGUGCUGUCUUCUCCUCCUACACACAUGCUUGUGGAUCAAAGGGAGUGUUCUUGACAGACUGGAGAGAGAAUGUGUGCGAUAAAUACACAAGGAGCUGCCCAGCAUCUCAGAUCUUCUCAUACAAUCAUCAGAGAUGCCAGUUGACUUGCAGAUCACUAGGCUCAAAGCAGCAGAGCUGCACUUCUGACUUCUUGCCCGUGGAUGGCUGCUCCUGCUCUGAGGGUCAGUACUUAAAUGAAAACAACAUCUGCGUCCCCAUGGAAAAAUGUUCCUGCUACCAUAAUGAAGUCUACAUUAAUUCAGGGAAGUCUAUCAGCAUCAAAGACGAGCACUGCUUGUGCACCAAUGGAAUACUUCAUUGCCAUCCUCGGAGUGCCCGCUCAUCAAUAUGCACUUUACCAAAAGUAUUCUUCAACUGCUCCACUGCGGGCACAGGAGAGUUUGGACUUCAGUGUGCUCGAACUUGUUCAAAUCUGGACAACGAUGAUUGUGACUCCACAGAGUGUAAAUCUGGCUGUCAGUGUCCAAGCAGUCUCCUUGAUGAUGGCAAAGGUUCCUGUGUGAAAGAAAAUGAAUGUCCAUGUCAGCAUGAUGGGAGUCUUUAUCCCCCUGGAACACAAACCACUAACCAGUGCAACAACUGUACUUGCAAAGGUGGAAACUGGAAGUGCACGGAGAAUAAAUGUCCAGGAACUUGCAUUAUUUACGGGAGUGGUCACUACACCACAUUUGAUCAGAAAACAUAUGGAUUUCAGGGACGUUGUGACUAUGUUGCUGUCAAGAACAAAUGUGGGAAAAAAACGGUGCAGGAAAACUUUAAAGUUAUCACAGAAAAUGUACCAUGUGGAUCUACAGGCACCACAUGCACCAAAACUGUCAAAGUCCAACUCGGGCGAAUGGAAGUCAAAAUAUCAAUGGGUAAAUAUGAAGAGGAGGACAUGGGAAAGGGCCCUCAUAUUAAGUACAAAAUAAGGAAGGUUGGCUUGUAUCUGGUGAUAGAAUCUGCCAUUGGUCUGACGGUUAUUCUGGAUAAAAAAACAACUGUUCGCAUCCUCCUGGAUCCAAAGCACAGCGGAGAGGUAUGUGGCCUGUGUGGAAAUUUUGAUGGUAAUGGACAGAAUGACUUCACCACCAACGGUCAGCUGACAGUGAGCAAUCAGUUAGAAUUUGCAAACAGCUGGAAAGUGUCAAGCAGCUGCUUAGAUGUGGAUGUGAAUGUUGACCCUUGUGUCGAAAGAAACAAUAGACACACGUGGGCAAAAAAGAAGUGCAGCAUUAUAACUGGAGACACGUUCAAAGACUGCCAUAAAAAGGUAGAUUACCAUACAUUUCAUGAUAACUGCAUAAAAGACUCAUGUGCCUGUGACACUGGAGGAGACUGUGAGUGUUUCUGCACAGCAGUUGCAGCUUAUGCUCAAGCUUGUAUUGAGGCUGGUGUCUGUAUUGCAUGGAGAACUCCAGAAAUAUGUUCUGUCUUUUGUGAUUAUUACAACAGUCCAGAAGAAUGCAAGUGGCACUACCACUCUUGUCACACACCUUGCUACAAGACCUGUUUGAAUCCUCAAGGAAUGUGUAGCAAUCAUAUACCCAACCUGGAAGGUUGUUACCCUGUCUGUCCAGAGGAUGAGCCCAUUUUUGAUGAGAAGAACAACAUGUGUGUGGAGACAUGUGAAACUAUAACUAAUACUACUACUCCUGAAACGCCAACUACAACCACAAGGUCUACAACACCACCAACUGAACCCACUACUACUCCUGAAACGCCAACUACAACCACAAGGUCUACAACACCAACUGAAGCUGCUAGUACUACUCAACACCCAACGCCCACUUGCCCUGACUGGGGUAAAGUGCAAAAUGAAACAUUUCAUCUGUACAACUGCACAAUGGCCAAAUGCAUUAAGAACAAUGACAUUGUAACAUUUCGCCGUGAAUGCCCUACCAUUGAGAAAAUCAGUUGUGCCAAUGGAAUUAAACCAGUUCUUGUGUACGAUGAGUACCACUGCUGCCAACAUUAUGUUUGUGACUGUGUAUGUGAAGGCUGGGGAGAUCCACAUUACAUCACAUUUGAUGGAUUCUACUACACUUAUCAAGGGAACUGUACUUAUGUCUUGAUGAAAGAGAUUUCACCAAAAUAUAACCUGACGAUUUAUAUUGACAACGUCUACUGUGAUAUUGAUGAAGAUGUUUCCUGUCCUCGAUCUAUAAAUGUACACUAUAAAUCGCAAGCUUUCAAACUGAAGAAUCAUGAUGUCAUUGGACCGCCAAAGUUGGAGGUAUUCAAAGAUGGAGAAAGUUUGAAACUACCUUAUUCACAACAAGCUGUUAAAAUUAUGAGUACUAGCCUUACAAUGAUUUUGGAGAUCCCUCACCUAAAAGUGGUGAUUACUUUUGGAAUAACUGGCUUCAGUGUCACCCUUCCCUUUGAACACUUUGGCAAUAACACACGGGGCCAUUGUGGAACAUGCAACAACAACCAGACUGAUGAUUGCAUGUUGCCUAAUGGCAAACUGGCGCAAAGUUGUCCUGUGAUGGCUAACUUCUGGCCUGUAGGAGACUGCAAACCUCCCAAUGUAACUGUAACUCCAACAUGCAAGCCAGGCCCUGUGUGUAAUCUUCUUCAAAGCAGCGUCUUUGCAGAAUGCCAUCCCUUUGUGGCUCCUGACAAAUUCUACCAAGCUUGUGUUUUUGAUAGUUGCCACAUUUCCAACCGAACAGUGGAGUGCACAAGUUUGCAGACUUAUGCUGCUGCCUGUGCUAAGGCAGGAGUUUGUGUUAACUGGAGGAACUACACCAAAGAGUGUGUGACUGACUGCCCAUCAAAAAAAAUGUACAAGCCAUGUGGUCCUGCAGAACAGCCAACCUGUGAAGACAAUCCUUACGAGCUCACCAUGAACUUCACUACUGAGGGUUGCUUUUGUCCUGAGGGAAUGAAACUCUUCACCAAAGAGUCUGACAUAUGUGUUAAAACGUGUGGAUGUCUUGAUCCUGACGGCGUUCCUCGUGAGUUCAAUGAAAAAUUUGAGUACAAUUGCCAACGCUGUGUCUGUGAGGAGUCCACCAAGAGUGUGACUUGCGAGCCGAAGGUGUGCCCAGCACCAACCGUAACUAACUGCUUUGGUCCAGGAUUUGUCCUUGUAAACCAAACAGAUCCAGCAAACUGCUGCUGUUCUACCCUUGUUUGCCAAUGUGACUCCAAGACUUGCCCAGAAACCUACAUGAAAUGUCCAACUGGAAAAAUACCAAUUGUCAGUACUCCUGAGGGGAAGUGCUGUCCAGAACAUAUAUGUGAGCCUAAAAGAGUUUGUGUCCACGAUGAUGUUGAAUACCAGCUUGGUUCUUCAGUUCCUGGGAAUAGGUGUGAGAACUGCAUCUGUACCGGAAACAUGGACCCAAAGUUUCAACUAUUUGAAGUACUCUGUAAAUUGCAGCAAUGUGAAACUGAUUGUGAAAAGGGAUAUCAAUAUGUGAAAACUGAUAAAGACGAAUGCUGUGGGAAGUGUGUACAGACACACUGCGUCCUCAGUGUCAAUGGUACCAAGGAGCUCUUGGAGACAGGACAUACCUGGUCACCACCUGAGAAUAAGUGUGAAAAGUACACCUGUGUUAAGAUCAGUGGGACCCUCACUGUCAGAGUUUCAAACGUUUUCUGCCCGCUAUUCCAGGAGAGCAACUGCCAGCCUGACACAAUUCAGACCAGCGCAAAUGGCUGUUGUAAAAUUUGUGUGGAGAAGGAGAAGGCAUGUAAGUUAGAAUACAUGAAAACCUUUGUUACGCUCAAGGACUGUAAGUCUGACCAGGAGGUCGAUAUGCCAUACUGUGAAGGAUCCUGCAACACUUUCACCAAGUACUCAGCUGACAUGGCUACUAUGCAGCAUUCUUGCUCCUGCUGUAAGGAAAUGCGCUCCAGCAAUCGCACUGUUAACUUGCGCUGCAUGAAUGGAGAUUUGAUUACCUACACUUACAUGUACGUGGAGGAGUGCGGCUGUGGCCACACAAAAUGCACCGAAGCUGCUGAACAACCUGCUCGCAGGAAGCGAGGCUUCACCCUGGUGUGAUAAAAAAUACGUUAUCAGAUUAAUGGAUGUGGGAUGUAAAAGUUUCUUCCCAUAUUGUCUUAUCAAUCAUUACAUCUCUCACAAAGUAAUUGUUAUUGUAGAGAGACUAUAUAUCAGUUGAUUAAAAAGAUGCAACU